AUGAAUCUCAAUGGGGGUGUAGAAAGCCGUGACCGGCCCGGUUCAGGGCCUGAGCCUCCGGCGUUCGAGGAAAUACAAGGGUUCACUUUCGCAGCAGCAAUCACCUCAACUCAUCAUCGCUCACUCAAUCGUCGCAAGCAAAUUGCACAGCUAAGUCCAUCUGCCUCAUUCGGAUAUACCACAUCGUCAUCCGUAAUCUUCGUCACAAUGUCCGAGUUCUUCGAGGCGCACGAUCCUUCAGAUCCUGCCUUUUACGGCCCAUCACAGACGGCACUGCUUCUGCUAGAUUUCCAUAACCUCUUGGUUGAGAAACUCGGCGGUCCGUCUGCACCUGCAGCACUUGAUACCGCGGCACGACUCAGAUCUUGGGCCAAGUCUCGCGGCAUCGUCAUCAUCGCAACCAUGAAAGGCCAAGACGGAGAAGAGGCUCCAGUACUCUCCCAAGACACUGAUACCAACGACCACACCUUCCUGCGAACCCCGGGAUAUGUUUCCGCACUACAAUCUCCCGGACUAUUGGAUUUCUUGCGUGGCAAAGGCAUCAAGUCGCUGAUCAUGACUGGCUUGAGUACCUCGGGAUGCGUUCUCAGAACAGCAAUUCCUGCAACAGAGGCGGACUUUGUUGUGACAGUUGUCAGCGAUGCUUGUGCAGAUCCGGUCGAAAGUAAUCAUGGUUUUCUGAUCGAGAGGAUUUUGCCAUCCAGAGCACAUGUCCUUACGGCCUCUCAAGUACUUGCUAUGUAUGGCGACAGAUCAGAUGCUUGA